AUGUGGAUACCAAUUGCUGGAGCAGUUUUUGCGUUUUUUGCAUCCUUAGGAAUGGGUGGUAAUGAUGUCGCAAACUCAUUUGCUACAUCCGUUGGAGCGAAGGCUCUCACUCUCAGACAGGUUAUUGUGAUAGCUUCCAUCUGCGAAUUUUCCGGAGCUAUGUUGCUUGGAAGCAAGGUCACAGCAACAAUCAAGGAGUCAAUCGUCGUUGGAGAAUACUACGAAGACAAUCCUGCUCUGUUAAUGUUCGGUAUGUGUAUUGUUCUGGUCGGAUGCGCUUUCUGGUUGAUCGUGGCAACGUGGUUUGAACUGCCCGUGUCCAGUACGCACACUUGUAUUGGUGGCAUGCUUGGAAUGGCGGUGAUCAGUCGGGGUUUCAAGGCGAUCCACUGGUCCACGGUGAUCAAUGUGAUCUGCUCCUGGUUCUACACGCCCCUCUUAGCCGGCUUCAUUUCCUUCUCCCUUUUCUGGAUCAUUCGCCGCACUGUUCUCACCAAAGACACUUCCUACACACGCUCCCUCGCCUUAUCCUCUCCUCUGAUCGCGGCGGUUCUUUUCCUCAAUUUCUUCGUGUUGUUGAACGGCGGUUGUCCCUGGUUCCCCGCCCUUUCCUACGCCCUCGCCGCGCUCUGCAGUCUCGGCCUCUCCGUGGUCAUCGCGUGUCUCUUCCGCUGGCUGGGUCUGCCUCGCAUCCGCUCUCGCAUCGAAGCCCCUGCCUCCACAUCCGCAUCUGCCAUAGCGGAGGAUGCGACGAUCUACGACUCGCUUCUCCAGAACGACGCCUCCAGCGCGCCGCAGCCCGCGGAAACCAGCGUGCCGAUCCCCGUCUCCCAGCCCUCGGAGGCCAGCGAAGCCAAGGAAGCCAGCGAAGCCAAGGAAGCCAAGGAAGCCAAGGAAGCCGGCAACCUUCCUGUCUCCAACGCAGCGACCGGAUCGACGGGCGGCGAGGACGGGAAGAAGAGCAAGGAGCCGAAGAUCGGCUCGCAGGACGUGUUCGCUCGGCUGAAGAGCGACGCGACGGUGGCGACGAUCCACGAGCACGCCGAGGAGUUCGAGCCGCGCACGGAGCGCAUGUUCGUGUACCUGCAGGUGCUGGCCGCGGUGCUGAACUCCUUCGCGCACGGCGCGAACGACGUGUCGCACUCGAUGGGCCCCUUCGCGGCGUGCAUCGCCAUCUACAACACCGGACGCAUCGACGACGCCUCGCCCUGCCCCGCAUGGAUCCUCGCGCUCGGCGCCAUCGGCAUCAUCGUCGGACUCGCCACCAUGGGCUACAAGGUCAUGGCCACCGUGGGAGUGAAUCUGGUGCGCGUCACGCCGUGCCGCGGGUUUUUCAUUGAAUUGGCGGCGUCGGUUGUGGUGAUCGUGGGGUCGCGACUGGGCAUGCCGCUGUCCACCACGCAGUGCAAGAUCGGAGCUGCGGUGGGAGUGGGAUUCGUGGGAGGAAAGGAAGGAGUGAAUUGGAAGCUGUUCUUGAAGAUCUUUGCGGGAUGGGUCGUCACGAUCUUCAUCGCCGCCCUGGUGUCUUCCCUCCUCAUGGGAUUCGUCAUUUAUGCUCCCCGGGCUUAG